AUAGGCGCGCGCGAAGAACAAGCAUGGGGACCUCGUCAGCGUCUCCUGCGCGUAUAAUGACGGAUCCAAUGUUUGGUGACAUGUCACCGGACACAUUAUUACUAAAAUUUUUACCAACGGUGGGCAUGAUGACGAUAAGCCUUCUUCUCGGAUACGUAAGUGUCCGCUGCGGCCUAAUUUCACCGGUGGAGAUAGGCGGAAUAAAUAAGCUCCUCGGUUGCUUCGCCUUGCCCGCUCUGCUCUUUUUAAAUUUAUCGACCACGGAUCUAUAUAGUAUUCAGUGGUCUUUCGUGGGAGGGAUGGCAUCAGCGAAAUUAGUGGUUUUUGUCCUUGUUGUAGGGCUGACCUACAUGAGCGAGAAGAAAGGGCGUGGUCUUUCUAAUGGAAGGGGGAUGGUUGAAGCUGGCUUACGAGGUAUCAUGGCGACUCAGAGCAACGAUUUCGCCUUUGGCAUCCCGGUCUCUAUGGCACUUUACAGCAGUACUCAUCCAGAAUAUGUCGCGUAUAUCUAUCUGCUGGCUCCUAUAUCCCUGGUUCUUCUGAAUCCGAUCGCCUUUACGCUGUGCGAGCUGGGCCUUGUCAAAGAAAUAGCAGAACGCAUUCGGACAUCGUCGUCUCUGUCCCUGUCAUCCUCCACACCCUCAUCAGUGGCCCUGAGUGUGCCCGAUGACAGGGAAUUGCUCGCUGCCCCUCCCACUUCUCCGCUCUACCUCCCCCCCCCUCUCUUUCUCAAGGUUUUGCGACAAGUCGUAUUGAAUCCCAUUCUCCUCUGCACCUUUCUCGGCCUAGUCACCUCCCUGUCUCUCCACCGGUACCACCAGCCGUACUUGCCCCCUUUCAUCGAGAUGACUCUGCAGCAGUGGGGAGUGGUCUUCCCGGCCGCCGCCUUGUUCGUCAUGGGCGGUAACAUGCACGGUAGGGGUAGCUUAAAGGAUGACAAAGCCUACCUUUUCAUGAUUGUCCUGGUUCUGGCCGGCAAGAUCCUCGUUCUCCCCUUUUUAGCCUUCUUCCUCGUCUUUGUCAUGGGGGGCGAUGCCGACCUGGCAACUUUCGCCUUCCUCGUUGCGCCGACUGUAAGCGUCUAUGGCCUCCGGUAUUGCAAGCCUAACGCACCCGAGCAGGGGGCCGGGGGAGAGGGAGCGCGGAGUUUGGAGGGAGGAAGGGAAGGGCGCGCCUCCCUUGACUCGUGGCCGCCUGGUCCUACAGUGUCAUCCACGGACCAAGCCUCACUCUCGCUGGCCAUCGUACUCUCCACCCUGGCCGCCCUGCCCAUCCUCCUUCUCUGCGUGCUCUCUCUUCAGAUUCAGACCUCUUCCACCUCCUCCUAUCGCCUCUUCCACACCUCCCUCUUCAAUCUGCACCUCGUGUCCGGUAUCGCGAGCGCGUGGACCUCCGCGGCUCGGAUGCUGACAGGGAGGAGAGAGCUCGUGUCGUCCCUCCUGCUCGUCCUCGGUCUCGCGCUGGUGCUCGGGGGCGUCGGGGAAUUCCUGCGACACGGAGGACGGAAGGGCGAAUUCAGGUGCACGCCGACAGGGGGAAGAGAGGGAGGGCGCGGUGGGGAGAUUUUGCUGUUGGUGGUGUGUGGGCUGUCUGCAUUGGUGUCCCUCCGGAUGGCCUACUGGGGAUCGGAGUGGCCACGGGCGAGGGAGACGGGCCAAAGAGAAGGAGGGCCGGCCGAGGACAGGGUAGUAGGGGAAGAGGAAGGGGAAGGGACUGCUCAUGGGCAGACAGUUUCGGAGAGGGGCGUGGAGGAGGCGGGAGUCGGGCUGGAGGCUGUGCGGGUUUCCGCUUCGGUGGAGGCCUCUGCACCGUCGUCGACGCCCCUCCGCAAGACUCCCAGUCGGCGAUCCAAGCUCCUGAUCUCCUUUGUGUCGCUCUCCAUGUCCAUCACCAGCAUUCGCAGUAUCCUCGACCUUCUCCCUUCCUUCUACUCCUCCUCCGCCUCCUUCCUCUUCCUGGACCUGGCUGUCUUCGCCCUCAUUGCUCCCGUGGUCUGGUGCCUGUACGGGCUCGACAGUGAGCUGGUGAUAUUCCAAGCGCUCCGAUGGGGGGGAAGGAGAAUGGUCCAGUUUCUCGCUGGAUCGAAAGAUGCCUUGCCGGCCUCCAACGCAGCCUGA